AUGGCUACGAGUCCUCCCUCGCCCUCCACCUCCGCCGCGGAUUCGGAUGCGCCAACUCACGACACCAUGUCAACCGCCAGCGGUAGCAAUUACGGCGGCAUCGAUCCCGAAGUUGAAGAAAACCUCUACAUAUUACCCUAUGUAUCUGAAGAGGGACUACGUAGCGAUGCCACAGAUCACCGGAAAACGAUUGGAAGCUCUAGAGAAGAAUACUACCCCCUUCCCUCUGACUUCAACAUAGCCGCCUCCGGUACUUUACCUUCUCUGGCUUCAGACAAUAGUUGCCGCCUGCUCGCGCUUCCUUCCGAACUCAUCGAUGCGAUCCUCGCCUAUUUGCCCCCUUGCGACCUGGCGAUCGUAGCGGAGACCUGCCGAACCCUUCACGCCCAUGCUGCGUCCGAUAUUCACUGGUACCAAAGGGUGCAAGCCAAUGUGCCUGGAGAGAAGGUCACAACUCCCUAUCCAUGCCGCACAUACCGCGAACUCUACGCCGCACACGACCCGAGAUGGUUUCUGCCAAAGUACAAGAUCUGGUUCUGCGAUCGUGACCUCAUGGGCAAGAUGAUGAUCAUCAGAUACGACCAGCGGAGGGGUUGCAUUGAAGGAUAUCAGUUGUUGGCUGUCAGCAACCGUACUACGUAUCAGCACUGGCCCGCCGACCACAGUGUGAUUAUACACGCCUUUGAACCUCAGGUCAAGCUUCAUCUGGACAAGCCGGUACUUCAAUUCCAUGCUCGCCGUCCAGGCGAAGACGAGGGACUGUUGGGCAGUUUGGGUCAACGAUUCCUGCCCGAAGUACCGAUGUCAAUUCACGACCCAAUGGAUGCUAUGUUUUGCAACUUCAUGAUGGCCCGUCCCCUGGAGGCUGUAACUGCAACAUCGAGAAUGGACGGUGUGUUUCCUUAUGGAAAUGUCUGGCCUUCACCGGCCAUUCCUGCCCGUCACAGGGUGUCCGGUGUGGUUUCUGGUUUGGACGGCGAUGACCUUGCCCCUGGCGAUCAACCGACGAGAAGAGCUGAAGCCUCGGACCAGGCUUUCCGGAUUCGGCAGUGGAUGGAAAUGGCCGGGUCUCCAACACCGGGUCUUUUCCUCGGGCCUGGGCCUGUAGGUAUCAUUCAAGCUAUUCAAGCCAACAUGGGUAUGGGUACUCCUGGUGUCACCGGCGUGCGCAUUGGCGAAGAAGUGAUUACAUAUUCAACCCUCGAUCCUGUUGUCUACACACCAACGGAGCUCAAACCAUGGCGAGGUGUCUGGGUUGGAGAUUACAGCGGGCAUGGGUGCGAGUUCCUGUUGAUCAACCAGCCCGAUGACGAAGAAGUGUCGGAUGAGGAACUUGGUCUUGUCCGUGGCUCUGACGAAGCAGAAUCAGAGUGGACAAAACGUCGUACCGACGCAAGAGUCUAUCGGGGCCGUCUUGAAGCAAUCAAACUCACUGGCGACCCGAAUGUUCCGCGAGGGGAGUACACUUUCGUUGCGGACGACUUGGGCGAGGCUGGCUUCGUUGGAAUUGCUCAAGAGCCACCGUUUCAGGGCACACGAGUCAUCAGGAGUAAAGGGCAUGUCGCUGGAACGGGCUUUUUAGAUGACAAGUAUAUCGAGUCGCAGCUUAUGCUAGUCUCCCAUGACCGGCUUGCUCAGUACUGGGUCGGAUUUGGACAUAUCAGCUUCUUUGAGCGAGUUAACAUUGACGAAUUUGUGACUCCCUGA